AUGUCUCAGGUCGACGCUGCCCUGUUCCAUGCGACGGUGUACGAGCUCACGCGGCUGAUUCCGCGCGGCAUGGUCACGACGUACGGCCACCUCGCGCGCCUCGCCGGCUACCCAUCGCACAGCCGCCUCGUCGGGCAGGCCCUCAAGUUCCUCGGCCCCUCCAUCGUCGCUGCAGAAGAAGCCAACGGCGGCGGGGGCGGCGGGGGCGCUGGCGCGGGUGCAGGCUUGGGCGCAGGCGAGCCGGGGGAAGCGGGCGAAGUGCCGUGGUUCAGGGUGCUGAGCGCCUCGGGCGCCAUCUCGGACCGCGGCGACGGAGGUGCCGGCGCCGCGAGGCAGGCCGAGAGACUGAGACAGGAGGGAGUCGAGGUGAGCGAGAGCGGGACACCGACAAAGUUUCGGGUCAAUCUGGGCCGCUACGGCUGGUGUGAGUCUUCUUUCAAGCGCCUCCUUCUCGUCUUGAAGAAAGCUACUAAUUCCCGCCCAGUCCCGGACGCCGUCGACCUCGAGGCGGGUGACGAUGAGGAGGCGCACGACGAAGAGCAUGCAUAGAAAAGCCACCAAGACCACAAU